GUCGAGCUCACUCCUCUGCCGUGCCACAGCAACGUGGGAGUCUGAUAGAGCAACCACGGACCUAUCACACGCUGUCCUAUAUAUAGGCCUGGCCCGUCUCGAUUUCAUCGGACCGACUAUCGAACUCAGUGACUCUGCCACAGCGAUAUACAAGAGGUUUUCAGACUGAGAGACUGCGAGCGACACGAUCACAGACCCGCCAAUCGCAAUCCUCUGCUUUGCAAUGGCAACAAAAAUAGAAAAGUAUUUCUGACUGACGAGUUUUUAACAAUAGAAGAUUUACUUUGGAAGCAAACCUCCAGUGUCCUAUCAAGAGUUGCUGGAUAUCUUCUCAUAUUCCGUUUGCUCAGUUGUUCAUGCACCUUGGUUUGAAAGAGACUUUCUUUUCUAUCCUUGAUUUGAGCGACUGUGAAGCUCACUCCUCUCUGCCACACAGCAGCAACACAAGAGGGCUUUCUGGGACAUGGACUGGGAGGAAGGCAGAACCAUGGAGGGACUGUCUAUAACCCACUGGGUGAACAGCCCAGUCCGCCACCAGGCCCUGUUCCAAGGAAGGGACUUGGACGACUGUGUGGAGGACCAUGACCUUUUCGCCCUACCCGGGCCUGCCUUCCCCGACCCUGGGGUAGUGAAGCCUGGCCCUGGGGUAGUGAGGCCUGCCCCUGGGGUAGUGAAGCUAGAAGCGGUCUGCGAAGGUACUGCCACAUCCCAGCCCCAGCGGACUGAGCCUGUUUACCAGGUGCUUCUGGACGUGUCCCAGUUCAGACCUGAGGAUAUCAUGAUUCAGGUGUUUGAGGGAUGGCUCUUGAUCAAGGCUCAGCAUGGAGCCAGAAUGGAUGAACAUGGGUUUGUUACCCGAAGCUUCACCCGUCAGUACCCACUGCCUGAGAAACUACAGCAUGCGGGGGAUCUGAGGGCUCUGCUAUGUCAUGAUGGGAUACUGGUGGUGGAAUCCAAGCAGAGAACACCUGUCAGGAUACAACACAGUGAGGAGGACCCCUAUUGAUUAUUGACUGUUGAUUAUUACUGUAUUGAUCAGGUAAGGAUGAGGCCAGAUCAGCUGCUACAGUACCACUAACAUGAGUGAUUGAUUGAUUCAUUGUGUCUGUUAUUUUCGUGUGAAGUUCAAUUUUCUAAUAUUUCUCUAAACAUUGUUAUUGUAACGUUUCUAUCUGACGCUACUUCGCUAUAAAAAGCUGUUGGUGCUAAUGUUAUCGAAUUAUAUAACGGCAGUAAUGAUAUUUAAAAAUCUAUUUUCUGAAAAUACGUUGUUUUUUUUUCCCCCCCUCCUCGCUUUAAAAUGUUACUCCCAACUCCUCUCACCUCAAUUAAAACAAUGAUGUGUUUCAUUUGAACAGAAAUAUGAAGUGUUUAUUUAAUUUGGUAAAUAGACAGAGGAAGUUCCUCUCCAGUCAUUGAAAACGUAUGAUAUCUAUGACUACAAUGGGAAUGUUAAGCAUGAGGCUUUCAGCAUCACUGAUCAUGUUGUUUUUACACAUUUUAUCAGAUUGCUUAGAAAUUGUUGACGGAAGAGACGUAAAAACGUGAAUAAAUAUUGUUAUUAGAUGUUAUCGGUCUAAAGGCACUGCAUCGCAGUGCUAGAGGCAUCACUACAGACCCGGGUUCGAUCCCGGGCUGUAUCACAACCGGCCGUGAUCGGGAGUCCCAUAGGGCGGCGCACAAUUGGCCCAGCGUCGUCCGGGUUAGGGGAGGGUUUGGCCAG